UGUACCAGAACUUGGAGCCAUCGCCUGCUUUAUGUUUAACUAUAAGGUUGUUGAUGUGCAGCAGUGAGGUUAUUGACUUUGAGCGUCAGUUAGCAGGAAGUUUCGUGCAGCAAUUGAAUAGCGUGCGGCAGACGCAGUGCUGGCAUAUUAUGCCUGUAGGAGAUGCAUCUUCUCUGCUGAGAGCCUCUGAAGAUGGAGAUGGAGCAGCGGCUGAGUCGGACCAGCGGCACACAAACGAUGCCGGCACUCGCGACAAGAUGACGGCCGGAACUUCUAAUGGCACCGUUGGUCCACCAGACGUCGGCGCGACCUCUACGCUAACAAAUGGCUUCUCUGUGGCGCCCUUGAAUGGAGAGGCUGAGAGCGCUGGUCCAGGUGCUGCAGGAGCUACUGCAGCAGGAGGUCUCUUGGACUGCUCUACACCGCCGAUGCCGUGGUUCGGCAUGGACAUCGGAGGUACGCUCACCAAGCUCGUGUAUUUCGAGCCCACGGACGGCCAGAGCGCUGCAGAGGCAGACCAGGAGCAGGAGACGCUCACCAACAUCAGGAAAUAUCUCAAGAGCAACUGUGCUUAUGGCGACACCGGGCGCAGGGACGAGCAUCUACAGAUGGACAACGUGCGAAUGGGCAAGCGGUCGGGGACUCUACACUUCAUCAGGUUCCCCACAUCAGAGAUGCCCGCGUUCCUCGAGCUCGCCAAGAGCAAGGGCAUGGCCACCCUCGCCUCGACCAUCUGUGCUACGGGGGGCGGCGCGUACAAGUUCGAGCAAGACUUCCGCAGGGUGGUCAACCUUCAGCUGCAUAAAUUCGACGAACUUGACUGCAUGAUCCACGGCAUCGAACACGUCGAGGAUCAGAAUCCUACAGAGUGCUACUACUUCGCCAACCCCGGCGACCAGAGCGACUACACCACGUGCCCUUACGACUUCUCUGAUCCUUACCCCUUCCUGGUCGUGAAUAUCGGGUCAGGAGUGAGCAUCCUUGCGGUGGAGGGCCCCGACAACUACCGCCGUGUGACCGGCACUUCCCUGGGGGGUGGAACCUUUUUAGGUCUGUGCUGCUUGCUGACGGGAUGCGAGAGCUUCGAAGAGGCUAUAGCCCUGGCUGCUCACGGCAACAGCCACAACGUGGACAAGCUCGUCAAGGACAUCUACGGCGGCGACUACACGCGCUUCGGCCUAAGCGGUGACAUCGUCGCCAGCAGUUUCGGCCACAUGAACGUGAGUGAGAAGCGAGGAAAGGUGUCGAGGUCAGAUUUAGCGCACGCCACGCUCGUCACCAUCACGAACAACAUUGGCUCCAUUGCCAUGAUGGUCGCCAAUAGCCACAAUAUCGGCAAAGUAUUAUUUGUGGGCAACUUCCUGCGUGUCAAUCAGAUCUCAAUGCAACUACUUGCGUACGCCAUGAACUUCUGGUCCGAUGGGAAACUGAAAGCAAUCUUCCUGCAACACGAGGGCUAUUUUGGUGCCGUUGGCUGUCUGCUUGAGCUGCUGAGGUCAGGUGACGGAGCUGAAGACAAGAAGUCCACCGAGAGUAAGAAAUCAAGCGAGGAAAAGACAGAUGCGGAAAGAUGUCCGCCCGCUCCAGAUGCCAAGAGCAAACCUGUCAUCGACCGCGGCAGCUCAGCGUCUUCCGAGUGCUCUUCGUGCGGUAGAAGCACGGAGCGUUAAGCAGGGAGUCUAUACAAAUGUAUUAUACUUUGGUGAUAAGGAACGACAACAUCAUACAUUGUUCGGUGGUAAGAAACGACAACCUCAUACAUUGUUCGGUGGUAAGAAACGACAACCUCAUACAUUGUUCACUGCUGUAUGCAUCACUGUAUUGUCAUUCAAUGGGGAAUAUUUUGGAAUCAUUUUUUUUUUACUUUUCGGGUUUUAUUUUAUGCCACGUAGCCGUGACUUCAACAAUGAACAGCUCCGAAUUUUCCUUCAGUAGUAUUCUAAGAUCUAAAUACAGGUCUAAUAUUUUUCUACCAGUUAUGGCAUCAGCCAAACUAUGUAUACAGAAGUGUUACCAAUAUUCUUCGGAUGCCAAUAUACUUGUACUUAAAUUUGGGCUGUUAAUUUUUGACUCGUUACUUCAAGAAGUGCACUUUUGCCAUCAUGAAUCAGUUAAAAAAUCUAAGGAGCAUUUGUGUGAAGCAUGAGAACUAUUUGAAGAAUCUUUGUGAAAUUAUAAUACGUGAACCAAUAUUAGUGAGAUUCAAUUAUGUGAAAACAUUUUUGUAAAAUUCGACUAUGUGAACCAAUUUUUUGUAGGAUUUAACUGUGUGAACCCAUGUUUGCGAAAUUCGGCUAUGGGAAUCAAUAUUUCGAAUGGCGUUUCCUCGCCAUUUUUCCGUUGUUAUUCAGCGUUACGUUAUGAUGGCGAUAGAUAUUGCUCUUGUUGUGGAUUUGACAUUGCUUUUUAGCAUCUGUGCACAUAUUUAUUAGAACCUUGAGAAGGUAUUAUUGGCGUUAUGUUUAAUCCUGAAUUAUAAGGUUGCUGUGAUGCCAGAAAAAGAUGAAUCGAUCACCACAUAUAUCUUCUGAGUACAUUUCUUCUAUGUUGCUGAAAAACAUUUAUCAACAUUCGUUUAUAAAUGAAUUUAUAAACUUCCGAGUUUAUAAAAUGAAUUUAUAAACUAAAGGCUUGAUCCAUGCCUUGAGCGUGGGUGCAACCUGAAAAAUGUAUCGUCGAUAAAAAAACUUUUUUCUAAUGUAGAAAAAUCUUACUCAGCGGUUGAACAACACGUUUACGCUUUUCUUUUGAGUUAUGUUGAAUGUCUCAAUAAGAUUGCAGGUUGUCUGACAUAAAUUCUUGUAGAAUUUUGGAUGAACUGAGGGCUUCUUGCACCAAAAAUAGUAUUAAGAAUACAGUGUGUGUCUGGGCACUGGAAGAGGGUUCAUAUAGAUGCAUUUAUAACCUUAAAUAGAUAUUUAGUCGUUUAUGACGUCUUGAAUGCUUUAUUUUACUACUGCCGUUUGAUCAGUUAUUUUUUACAGUUUGUGCGAUCAUCCUUUUUUCUCCACUUCACCCUAAUUCAAAUUUAUAAGCUCAGCUUUCAACAGAGAGCUUAUUUUCAUCGUGAUGGUAUAUAGGAAAAUUGUAUUGUAAAUUAAUGUUGCUAAAAAAUUUGUGGCCCAAUUAUAAACUGAAUUAAAAAUAUUUAAAGCGAAAUCUUUAAUUAGGACGAAAAUUAGUUGCUAAUUGAAAUUUCACUUUUAUACCAUCGUCGUCCUGUGUAGUGUCAUAAGUGUUCGUAUGAAAUCCGCACUUGUUUUAUUUAAGGGAUAUACACAUUUACGUUGACGAUAAUCAGUAGCUAGUUGUUGAUUUAUGGUAUUCUUAGGCGUUGAUUAGUGUUACUAUUGGAUUAUCUUAUAAAGAGUAAACGAGAGUGUGGGAUGCAUGGUUGUGUUAAGAGGCUUGUGUCAUGGCGUCACUCAGCUUGGACAUGAAUGGGUUGGUCUUGCAAUAGAGGGAACUACUGAAGCCAGACUACAGCGGAUUCACUUCACUAAGUGAAUUUGAUUUAGUGCCACCAAGGUGUUGAUGAUAAAAUUGUUAAAAUUACAUGAAUACUCUGCAGCAAAAUAUAUAUAGUUUAAAAUUGUUUGUAAUGAACUGAUUUCGCUGCAUGAUUUCAAGUAAGUUGUGAAGUGAAACUUCUGCAACAAAACCGUUAGGUGUAUGGGACAAGUUGUAAAAUUAUGAAAACAAUGCGGAACUGCAUGCAUGAUUGACACAGUCCCGGCGAACUCUUGAACAAGGUAUUAGAUUUUAGUCUGCUAUGAUUAAAAAUAAUGUAUAAUAGGCGACAUGUUGAACAGUCUUCGCUUUCAUUACAGCAGUGAUGUGUUGUCAUGUGGUUAAGUAUAUAUGAGGCUCUCUUAGUUACACAUCAUUUGACGAUUCACGUUGAGUGUUAAAUGUAGGCUUUAGCCGUACAACACAGUUGGAAUCGUAAAGUAUUUUUUUUUGUGAAGCCAAUCGUUAUAGUUCUUGAAAUUAUCUACAGUGAAUUGCUUCCACGACUGACUGGCAGAGGUUCCAUUGACACUAAAGUUUAUAUUUUAUUAAAGUAAAACUGAACACGA